AUGGAUGGUGUAAAGAUAUGUUUUGUUAUGGUAAUUUACUUUUCAAAAGGUUAUGUUUGCUUGUAUAAACAGUGCUUAUAAGAAUGUAAAGAGGAAAGGAAUAAAGCUAAAAAUAGAUGGUUUAUCUAUUACCUUACCCUAUAUUACCUUACCCUACCUCACUCUACCUUACCUUACUUUAUCCUACCGUACUCUACCCUACCUCACUUUACCUUACUUUAUCCUACCGUACCCUACCGUAUCCUACCGUAACCUACCCUACCCUACUCUACCCUAUCCUUCUUACUAAAGCAAAUUAAUUUUGAAAUUUAAAAAGUAUUGAUUUAGACACUGGCCAUACUCACAUGUUGGUGUUUUGGUCCAAUCACUUUUACGGUCCCUUAUAGAACAGGUACGUUCUUUAAGUCAUAGUUCUAUUAGGUCAUUCACUUCAUUCAGCGCCUCUUUUUAAUGAAAUUCUAGAAUUAUAGGGCGCGGAAUUAAGUGAACGACCUAAUAUAUGCAUUGUUCUAAUUCUGUUUAUAAAACGUACUUGACUAGACCGAAAAAUAGGCCUAAGUUAUAUGUUAGUAAGGCUAGGGUAAGGCAAAGCAGGCAAGGCAAGGAAAUGCAUGGCUUAACACUAAGGUUGGGGCUAGGACUAUGAAUAUGGUCGGAGUUAACUUGGCUAGAGCUAGCUAGGGCUCUGGGCUAGGGCUAUGGGCUUGGGCUAGGGCUCUGGGCUAGGGCUCUGCGCUAGGGCUAGAGCUGGGGCUAGGGAUAGGGCCAGGGCUAGGCUUUUCAUCAAACGGCUUAAGAUUUCAGAAAACGAACGAAUAUUCGUGUUUACCGUUACAAACACGAGCUUUUGGUUCCGGUUGUACACUGAGGAUGGUGACAUACCAUUUCACGUAGAAUUCGACUACUAUGUUCACCAGAUACGUAUAAACUACAAGAGAUCAUACGAAACACAUUUCGAUCCAGAUCACGUUAUCAUCAAACCCUUCGACGAAUGGGCCGGCUACUUCACUUUGAAAAUGAAUUACGGUACUGAUGACAUAAUUUGGUUCUCAGUUAAUGGCAAUGAUGAGAUACAGUAUAUUUUGGGAAUUGAUUCGGGUAGCGUGAUGCCACGAUGGGAGGUCGGUGGCAAUGCCACGCCAUUAUACAGUUGUCAUCUUCCCGAUCGUUAAAAAUUGAGUUUUAAAUUGAAAUUGUACGGAAUAAACCCUAAUAUGUUUCUUUCAUUGUGCAGGCCGAAACAUACGAAAAGCGAGACUGUGGUAAGUCUUAUAUAUGUUAGAUUAAGAAGAAUUUUUAGGAUAUUCAACUAGAAUAGCAAAACAUAAUGUGGCUCAGGCUCAGGCUAAGACUAAGACUAAGACUAAGGCUAAGACUAAGGCUAAGACUAACGCUUAG